AUGAGCAGCACUCUUCUCUCGUCCGCACAACCCUUCGAAUUUCCGCCCACCUACUCCUUCCCGCCGUUCUUCACCCCGCAACCCAACGCCGCAACGCGCCUCUCGCAGCUCCAGAAAUGGUCCUCCCUCAUCCAGGCCUGGUGUCGCCAUCACCGGCUCUACCGCCUCUCCCUGGUGGAAGCGAUCGAGUCGCCGCUGUUUUACAAUGCGUCGCUGCGCAAACGGCUGUCACUGGCCGAGGCGCGGAAUGUCAUCGACUGGAUGGCCAAGGGCGAAGACGGCGGCGGGAAGAGGGCAGAGUGGAUCGACGGCGCGAACAAGACCAUCGCCUGGAUCUGGUGGCGGAGACCAGAGGAGUGGGCGAGUCUUGUUGCGGACUGGGUCGAGAAUACCGGGCAGAAGAACGUGGUGCUUACCGUAUAUGAGUUGACACAAGGAGAAACGGCCAUGUCACAAGGUAUGUAUACACUCGCCUACGGAACAGCUAUCGGGUCAGGAUGCUGA